AUGAGCUAUUCAUUAAGUUCACUUCUUACUCAUUUAGCUAAACAAUAUACACAUUUUGCUGAAAAAUAUCUAGGUGAACUUUAUUUUUCUCAUUCAAAAAACUCCCAAAUAGCUGAUAAAUUUCAUUCUUCCAAAUCUCCUGAAUCUCCCAAACCUUCAGAACUUCUUGAAUUUCCAGAACCUCCAAGACUUGUUUCAUUUGAUAUGCCUAAUUCAUUUAAUAUACCUGAUUUAUUUAAUAUGCCUAAUUUAUUUGAUAUGCCUAAUUUAUUUGAUUCAGAAAUAUGA